GGUAACCAGGUUGAAAAUUGGAUUGACUAUGUGAUUAUAUUGCAAAUUGCAUGUAUUCCUUCAAAAGUCUUCUGGGAAAGAUGCUCAAAAGAUCUGAUCUUUUUACCUUUCCAGGGAACAACAGAAGAUGAUAUGAGGAAGAAAUCAGUGUUGAAUACUUUCAAAAAAUCCUCCAAUGAAGAUGGCAGGCCUAGCAGCAUGGUGUUCAAGAAAGCCAAUACAGUAAUACCAGCUCAUAUAGUAGCAGAAGCAAUAUCUACACUACAUGGACUUGAUCUUAGAUGGUCAGGUCCAAUUACACCCUCUGAAAUGCAAUAUGUUGAGCAAUAUGUCCUGGCUAAGUAUCCUGAGUACUCGAGCGCACUCGUAGAAGGAAGCGACAAGACGGAUCUGUAUGAUCUUUGCAUCAAAGAAGUCUCUGAGGUGUUAUCCCCUGAUGGAAUGAAGAAAUCAUCACCCAAGAAUGGUUCAUCGACCCCAUCUUUUGGAAGCAACAAUCUUCCAGCUGAUAUUGACAAAAUCCAGUUAGAACCCUCUAGGUUAUUGGACAUUCUGAACAAGAAAUCAUCGUUCCUGGGGAGUUUCAUCUCGAUUCCUGAAAUCCAGGCACGAAACAAAGUGCUUAACCAUUGUGGACUUCCUGAGGAGGAUUACCUUGUGCUCUUCACUCAACACUACAAAGAUGCAAUGAUGUUGGUUGGGGAGAGUUAUCCCUUUGUGAGAGGGAACGUCUACUUGAGCAUAAUCGGGGAAGAAAGCGAUUAUGUUAGGGAAUUCGCCUUGUUCAAGGGGUCUAAAGUCAUCUCAGCGCCCGAAACGUGGCUGGAUUUGAGGAUAAAGGGAUCACAGCUCAGUCAGUAUUUCAGGAGGAAAUGCAAAAUCAGUCCCAAAGGUUUGUUUUCUUAUCCGGCGGAGGUGAAUGGGAUGAAAUAUUCGAUGCAUUGGGUAUCGGAAGCUCACCGAAACUCAUGGCAUGUCCUGCUGGAUGCGACUGCCCUUGUGGUUGGGAAAGACAGGCUGAAUCUUGCACUUCACAGGCCUGAUUUUGUGCUUUGUAGUAUUGAGAAUUCUCAUUCACAUCCUCAUCCAAAUUCAAAGAUUACCGCCUUGUUGGUUAGGAGGAAAUCAUUUGACGUGACUAACAACAGUUGAUCGCCUAAUGUUUGUAUUUGCUUUUUUGGAAAAGAUCAACUGAUAUAGCAGAAAGUUAGUUUGAGUGUAAUGUAUACUAGUGUUGAUGUUGAGUAGAUAGCAUUUAUAUGCUAAAGCAGAACAGUUGGUUUCAGUUUGUAAAGAAAAAGAAGAAAAUGCAUUCACAGUUUAUUCAAUGGGCAACCUUUGUGAAAAGAAGGUAACAAAAUCUAAUUUUCUAUCCCCUCAGGGCUGGUUGUAAAAAGAAGGUAAUUAAGAUGCACAAAUUGGGAACCUUUGAACAUGACAACGCUCGUUGUUGAUCAACUUAAACAAAAUGGAGCUGUCAAGCUUCAAGGAAUUUGAGGAGUGCUUUAAAAAUUGUGGCUACCUUCAACCCUCAUGAUUGUGGUUUUGAGUUCAGCUAGAGUGUUGAUAAAACCAGUAUUACUUUUAAUACCCACUUGAAACUUGGAAAAAAAUUGACAUAAUUUGUCAACUUCCAUUAAUUUAGUUAUGCUACCAGAUUGACUCUGAUCAAGGUAGUGUUGAAUCUACAUUCCUACUCGGUUGGAAUAUUCCUUAUUCCAAAAUCAGUAAUAAAACAGAUAGAAAGACAUUGUAGAGAGUUUCUGUG